UCGUCCGCGCGGACGCUUUAGCACGCGCUACAUAUUGCGCGACUCUCGUCAUCGCGGCCAGUCGGCGCUCGGCGAUCCGGAGAGUCGUGUCGGGUGUUGCGUCGGCUGUGACUCGUCUUCCGCAUCCACCGUAGCGUCUCAGGCCUCUUUCGCGUCUAAGCUUCGUAUGAGAUUUCGGAGUAGCGAUUCUGAGACUGGCCUGCCUGCCUCGCGAAACCUUCUCGAUACCCCGGGGUCUUCAUGCGGGGUCUUUCAAACUUCAAGUCGAGCGCUCAGCCUGACGCGCGAUUUUCAUGCCAUUGCGAGAUAUGUGUGCCUCGUUAAAUCGGCGGGAUAACGAAAGCGCGUAGUAAAAGUUCAGCGCGGCGUAUUUUACGCGGGAUCUUCUCCGACGGCGGAGAUCUCGCAAUCAGCAAGCGGCGACGGCGGCUUGUACGCCGGCGUGGCACGUGCGCGGUAUCUCGACCAAUAGCGGGAAGUCGGCAACAGGGCCGCCUUGAUCGACAUUUAAUUGGACCGAGACAUCGAGGCACCGGGAACGCGGACGGCCCUGAAGAAUUUACCGCGAGCUUUACCGGCCGGACGAGCGAGAGGGGGCGAGCGAGGAGCGAGAGUGUGGGACGAGGAGCGCGGGAAGGGAAGACUGGACGUCUACAUUGACAAGUGCGAGUGACCAGGAUAUUGACAAACUUCUAUGCUGCGGUCGGUGUAUCGGCGCGCCGAGACGGGACGAGCCGUGAGGGGGAGAAGAAGCGGACGGCGCGGGUGAGGAGGAGGAGGACGACGGCGGUGGUGGAAAUCGGUGAGCACGCUCUCAUACGGAGAGACCUCGUGCGUGCCAGUCGCGUUGCCGAGCAUAGCCGAGUCGGAGUCGUGCGCCGUGGUCAGUCGCGCGCAACAGUUCGUCCCGCGACGAACGUCGGUCAGUUCGCGCGAACGAUAUUGCGAGAAGGAGGCGAAGAAGAGGGUGACGAGACCGCGCUGCGUAGAUCGAGAAAAGAAACGCGCAGUAACAUCGUUACGCGACGAUCUCGUUUUCGUCAUCGUCCGCGAAGUGCCUCUCUCUCUCGCGCGUACGUACGAGUUACGCAUCCGAUCCGGUGCGCCGGUCUCUCCCACUAUCUGUCCGUCGUAUACACCUUUCCCCGUUCUCCCGUUGCAUCUCCAGCGCGACCGAGCGAUUUCAAGAAUGUGACAGUGCGCGUCCUCGCGUUCGGUCGGGUGGUUCGCGCGACGAACGAGUUUUCGCGAGCGGUAGUAGCGGCCGGCGAUGGAUCGCGGCGCGUCGUCACGGUGAAAGAGAAGGGACGGUGUGGUGGAUAGAAGAGACAGAAGAAGGGAAAGAAGGACGGACGAUGCGAGCGGAAAAUGUCACUCGGUGAUACGCGCGCACGGAUGACGGGGAGUGAUCAACGGAGCGACGAUCGUGAGUCCGAGGUUGUUGGAAGAGUGUCGUCGCGGCGGCGGUGGCGAUCGUCGUCGUGCUCGUCGUCAUCGUCGCUACGCGGUGCCGGCGCGUCGCCGGCAUUGGCGACGGCGCGAGAUCACCGGGAACGACGUUAUCGCGUUCUGUCGCGAGCGAGGUCGGGCUACUACACCACGGCAACGCCGUCGUCAUCGCAGCAGCUGACGAGAGUCGCGAGCUCCUGAAGAGGAUCAGCGGCGCCGCCGCGGGGAGAUUUUCGCGGCGCGACGUCGCCGGUGUGUGUAUACACACACCCAACGAAUUCGCGCACAUCGUCUCACGUGUGUGUGUUGGUGUCGGGUCGCGAGGUUAAGGCACCGCGCGUCGCCCUCGAUACCGCGACGGUCGAGGAAAGUAAAGGCCGGGUGUCGUGCGUGCGCCGACCGAUUCGUGUCUACCCUCCCCCCUCCACUGCCCCCUCCCCUCAUCUUCUUUCUCUCUCCCGUACGUGCGACGGAUAAGAAGAAGCGUACGACGAUACAGCAGUAGCAGUGCGCGGCCGUCAGUAACCUCGACGGUGACCGUUGCACCGUGUGUGCGCGAUCCGUUCCUUCGCUCGCUCGCGGCGAUUCGCGCGCGUGGUGUGCGCGCUUGUACGUCCGCGCGCCGCGGCCGCCGACGACGCGCGUCGACGACUGGCGUCUGCGAGUCGCUGUCGGCGCGAUGCCGACAGUCGCUCACGGACGUCCUGCGGAUUGUUUUCGUCGUACCGUGUCGGCCACGAUAAAGCGGAACUAACGAGAGGGACUAGAAUCCGUCGUGCGAGGGAGGUUCGAAGAACACUUGAGGAAAGGCAGGUCGGGAAAACAUUCUCGGAAGAGCUCUCGCGUCGGAGAUUGGUCGACGGAUCUCGACGAGAGGAGACCCUGUUCCGAAAGCAGGAAGAACACAACAGUCAACAAUUGGCCAGCCGAGAGCUCACGUAAAUGAGAGUUCAAGGUCUGCCGGUAACGGUGGCGGUGUUGGACCAGAGCACGUUUACGCGAUCGAGGUACUCACUCGACGAACAGAACCGGACCGACGCUCGUUCUUCUUCUUCCCAUCGUCGUCGCCGGUCUCGUUGGAAGUCGGAAAUAUUCCCGGCUGCGAGACGCGCACAUCGGCCCGUAACUACCGCCGGCCGGGCGGAGCAGCAGGCCGGAGAAAGGGGAAGAAGGGAGAGAGAGGAGAGGAUCCGCGAGGGAACGGAGCUCUCUGCUGCGCCGCGGUGGACUGUCACACUAUUUCGGGACCGUGAUCCAAAGUGCGCGCGAGAUACGCGCGGGCAUAAAUAAAUACACACGCGACUGUGUGUAUGUGUGUGUGCGUGAGAGAGACGUAUAUGUGUGUGAGUGGUACGUGCUGCGCCGUCUGUGAUCCCCCGGUUUUCGCGUGUGUCCUCGCGGGAAAAAGUGUUCGACGGUGCGUACUUCGUGUUUGGUGAGAAGCGGAAGAAGAAGGCGAACGCACAGGAGGAAAGUAAGAGAGAGAGAUAUAUCCAGCGGAGGGUGCUCGAAGAGGGAGAAGGUGGCCAGCGCUUGUGGGCCCCGAAACGUCGGCGGGAUCGCCCGGCCGACCGCGUGUGGUCUGGCCCCCCUCCCCCCCCGUCCGGUCCUCCUCCUUUUGUUUUCCUAGGCGGCAACGUUGAAAAGGACUGGCCACCAAAUGCACGUACCGCAAAUCUUGUUUCAUGUUCAUGUUCUGGAGCAAACGGACGGUGCUCACUAAACGUCUGCUAAAGGCCAAGGUCCGUGGGGAGCAUGAAACCGAGUGUGAAGCUCAAGAGGACUCGUCACGUAUUCAUCGCACUAGCAACACGAGCGGCGUUGCCGGCGGUUACGAUACGAGCAGCAACAACAACAAUAAUAACAACAACAACGCGACGGCGGGUCGAGUGAGCAGGAGGAGCGCGGUGCGAGGAGGAGCGGCGGCAGCGUUGUCAGCGGGCGCGGGAUACGGCCGCAUCACCACCACCACCGCCACCACGACGACGACGACGACGUCGUCGUCCACCAGCAGGCUCCACCAAGGCUGCUGCGGCGGCGACUCGAGCCAGGAUGACGACGAGGAUCCCAGCAGAUUGAUGAGGUGCAAGGAGCUCCUCAAGACGCUCAAGGAGAAUCAGCUGGAGAUGCUGUUGAGCGCCGUCGAGAGCUACGGCGCCGAUCUCGGCUCGUGCAUCCUCGUGCCACGUCAGCAGCGAGGACUCGACGAUCAUCACCGCUCGACGUACGAUCACCAGCAGCACGAGCAGCAACAGCAAUACGGCGGCAGGCCGCAUCGUCACCAUCCCCGUCAUUUCCAUCAUCAGCGCUAUCGUCAUUAUCGCCACCACCGCUCCCGACAUCACCGUUCGUCCUCCAUCGAGGACGAGCAGGAGAGCUGCUCCGAGGAGUCCACGUCGCCGAUGAGGUCGGCCGACGAGAGGUACUGCGGCAAAGCGGGAAGCGCCGUCGGCAGCGGCGUCGUGCCGGUGAGAGGAGGAGGACCGUCGGCGGCCGAGAGCAGCGCACCGAGCGACCCGCACCUGCUCUGCUGCCAGAUCUGGCGGUGGCCGGAUCUCGAGCACUCCUCGGAGCUCAAGAGACUUCCUAUCUGCCAUUCCGCUAAAGACCCCGUAUAUAUAUGCUGCAACCCUUACCACUGGAGCCGGCUCUGCAAACCCGAGUCGCCGCCACCCCCGUACUGCCUUAUCACCGACAGACUGAGACCCGAAGAUCGCGCGCCCAGCGAAGGGGAUCAACGUCGGUGCAAAAACAGCACGCCCCUGCCACUUCCCGGCUCGCUUACCACCAACGGAGAAGGUGAGACGGGGCAGAGGGAAUGGUGCACCUUGGCGUACUGGGAGCUGGGCGGCCGAGUGGGCCGUCUGUAUCCCGUGGAACCUUCGACGGUGAACGUCUUCGACUCUCUCCACGACGGCGAUGGCCUCUGUCUGGCGACACUAGCCGAGAACCAUAUUGCACCGCCCGCGGUCCAACGUACGCGCAGCAAAAUCGGUCUAGGGCUAACGCUCAGCCAGGAGGCGGACGGUGUAUGGGCGUACAACAGGUCGGAGAGCCCGAUCUUCGUCAACUCGCCCACCCUGGACGACCCGGAGUCCAGGACGCUGCUGGUCUAUCGAGUGCCGCCAGGCUUCUGCCUCAACAUCUUCGACCGCGCCAAGAUCCUGCAGCUUCCAUACGGCGGCGGCGGCGGUGGCGCGGGGGCGGGCGGCUUCGCCUCCGGCCCCGUCGAUAUUAACUCCGUCCGCAUCAGCUUCGCCAAGGGCUGGGGGCCCAAAUACUCGCGGCAGGAGGUCACCUCCUGCCCGUGCUGGCUCGAGGUACACCUGGCGCCGUGCAGGUGAUCGUCCCCACUGCGACCGGCCGCAAGGAUAUCGAGUCUCGUCCAGUCGCGCCUCUUCCUCCUCCUCGUCAUCGUCAUCAUCGUCGUCGUCAUCGUAGUCGUCGUCCUCGUCGUUGUCGUGAUCGUUUCUGGGGUUAGACUUGAACGGUGAUGUAACGAUGCGGCGACCCUGGCCUUUAGCUCCGUCCUAGCAAGAGCGGUGUUUAAACGCGCGUCCCGGGGGCCACGGAUCUCGAAGAGCAAGAUCGGUGCCCCCUCCCCCGAAGCAGUCUUACCAAAGUACACGCUGUCUUAUACGUCUAGGGACAACGUCGCGUACCGUUGCGUCGGUAACGAGAGGUAGAUAAGGAGAUAGACGGAAAGCGGGAGAAAGAGAGAUAGGAACGGAGAUCGUGUUCGCGCGAGCGUGCUCAUCGAGCGCCUACGAACGAAGAGGGACUCACAUUGACGAGUGGUGCCUUGGGAUCUUCACGAACCGCGUGCGCGCGUAUUCACGCAUUGAUGCUGUUUUUCAAUUUUGUUUUCCCUUUCUUUUCCCCUUUUUCUUUUUCUUUUGUUCUCUGUGCGCGAUCGGUCCCCUCGAUCGCCGAGGUGUUGUUAUGUCGAUGCUACUCUCGAGAUUCGUGUGGAGAAUUUUCGAUAGCGGGAAGCGGAGAGAGAGAGAGAGAGGGGGNNNGGGGGG